AUUUUUCAGUUCGUCUUUAAAACGUGAAGCGCACGAUCCUUAAUUCACCACGAUGGUUAGGGAAGACAGAACAACAUGGAAGGCCAACUAUUUCCUGAAGUUGAUCGAACUUUUUGACGAGUAUCCCAAAUGCUUCCUUGUCGGAGUUGACAAUGUUGGAUCGAAGCAAAUGCAGGAGAUUCGUCAGGCUAUGCGAGGGCAUGCGGUUAUCUUGAUGGGGAAGAACACCAUGAUUCGAAAGGCCAUCCGUGGACAUCUGGGAAAGAAUCCGGCAUUGGAAAAGCUACUACCUUACAUUGUUCGCAAUGUCGGCUUCGUCUUCACUAAAGAAGAUUUGGGCGAAAUUCGCUCCAAAUUGCUAGAGAAUAGGAAGGGUGCUCCUGCCAAAGCUGGUGCAAUUGCACCUUGCGAUGUGAAGUUGCCACCUCAGAAUACUGGUAUGGGUCCCGAGAAAACCUCUUUUUUCCAAGCUCUACAGAUCCCCACCAAAAUCACUAGAGGGACCAUUGAAAUCUUAAGCGAAGUCCACCUCAUCAAACAAGGAGAGAAAGUUGGAGCUUCCGAAGCCUCUCUGCUUAACAUGCUUGGCGUGACACCCUUCUCGUAUGGACUUGUCGUUGUGCAGGUGUACGAUAAUGGUACCAUCUAUUCCCCAGAAGUGCUGGAUAUGACCCCCGAGGAGCUGCGCAAGCGCUUCAUGGAAGGAGUUCGCAACGUUGCCGCCGUUUCACUCGCCAUCAAGUACCCGACAGUGGUAUCUGCGGCCCAUUCGCUGGCCAGAGGACUUCAGAACAUGUUUGCCAUCGCUGCUGCCACCAAUGUCAGCUUCAAGGAGGCGGAUCAGCUUAAGGAAAUGCUGGCCGACCCGAGCAAGUUCGCCACCGCCGGUGCAGCGGCACCAGCCGCCGGCGAAUCUGCUCCUGCCGCACCUGUUGCGGCUGCAGAAAAGAAGAAGGAGGAACCGGAGGAGGAGUCUGAGGAAGAAGAUUUUGGCUUUGGCCUGUUUGACUAAUCAUUUUACAAACAUUAUCAACUUGCCGCUUUUGGUUACAUCCAGUAAUUCAA